CUGACGUAUGUAAGAAAGAUGGCGGCGCGCGGAGGAAAGCGUGCAGCGGAGAGAUCGGCGCAGAUCAAGGCUAAAAGAGCGAAAUUAAACGGCAACAAAUCAGCACAAACCGAGAGAAAGACGAAGAGCGUGUCCUUUACACUAGAUAAAGAAGAAGCGAGUCCGAACUCUCGCGAGAACAUCAUCAGCGUCCCGCCGCCCGUCAGCGCGGGAAAAUGGACAAACAAAGAGCGAGUGUUGGUGUUUUCCUCUCGAGGGAUCAGCUUCAGGACGAGACACCUGAUGCAGGACCUGAAGACCAUGAUGCCGCACAGCAAAGCCGACACCAAAAUGGACAGAAAAGACAAACUGUUUGUGGUUAACGAGGUGUGUGAAAUCAAAAACUGCAACAAGUGCAUCUUCUUUGAAGCCAAGAAAAAGCAGGAUCUUUACAUGUGGAUCUCCAACGUUCCUAACGGACCCUCGGCCAAGUUUCUGGUUCAAAACGUUCACACUCUGGCUGAGCUGAAGAUGACCGGAAACUGUCUAAAAGGGUCCAGGCCUCUGCUGUCCUUCGACCCGAAGUUCGACACGGAGCCGCAUUACGCCCUGCUGAAAGAGCUCUUUACUCAGGUUUAAUUCAACAUUAGUGUG